UUCGAGAUUGAUUCGUAUUUUAGUCAAUGGCGCGCCGUCACAUUUGGCUCCAAUUUUUGUUGCUGAGAUUGGACGGGACGGCAGCAUGGCACAGGUGGGCUUCCUCCCGAGAGUACUGCUUUUGAUACUUGCCGCCUGGCAAGAGACAGAGGGGUUGCGGCAAACAUGUAGCCAAGAAUGCCAGAACUUUUUCACCCAUGCCUCCGAGUGUUUACACUAUGACGAUAGAAAAGUUUGCGGCUGCAGCAUGUCGACAUCGCCACUGGCUGGUGAUGCCCGGUGUUGUUUGCUCGAGACAUUCAGGAAGUGUUUGACUUCCAAUUGCUCCCAUUAUGCUCCUUUCGACUUCACCCAGGUUACUUUCAAUACCAAAACCGACCAGGCCACAGAUGGCUGGUGGAUCUUGGGCCAAGGCAGACUGGCCGGCACUCGCUGGAAGUUCAACUCCACGGACUUAGGCACCUGCAAACUGUUUAGUCACAAAGGUGGCAACAAGUCUUACAAUUUUCCCGUGCCAGAAGAUUGGUCCGGUGUUUUCUACGCCGCUGUGCCAAACUUCACACAAAUAUACGGUCAGAGAGGUAAUGCCAUCCAGCAAACAGUGAAGAUGGAAUUCACCAUCGAGGAGUCGGCAAAAUCUUUCAAUUGGGACUUGUCUGCGAUUCCCAAUGGUGCUCCCGGCGAGUGCCUGGAUAAGUCUUGGGUUGGCAAGAGCUACUGCAACAUUACUUUCAACAAGUCGGCAACUGAUGACAAUUGCAAAUCGGUUGGUGGUCCCUCAAACCCGUCUAAUUGGUCGUGCCCCGAUCCUCAUGAUGCCGGGUGUCAUGGCGGAUGCCCCACGGACAGUGUGAAACACCCAUAUCGUGAAGGUUGGUGGGGCAUGGGGGCAUGCUACAACUACGACGAGUGUAAGGAGCGCAAUGGUGGCUGGUGCUCAUACUUCAACCAACGGGGGUACAAGGUCAAGGCGGCCAAAGACCUCGAUUGCCACUUCAACAAGGGCGGCAAUUGCGAAUGCCCUUGGGACAGCGCCAGGUCUUUGCCAAAAAACAUUUUCCAGUGCUCCUUCGGAGAAGAUGAGAAGGACAUCGGGGGACCUGACCAAGACUGCUUCACGGCCCCGCACGAUGACCGAAAAGACAUUUCGUGCGACAACGCCAGCCCAGGAGAACAAGUCCUCAGUGUGGACAUUUGUCUCUGGGGGGACAAGGACUGUGAUGGCACCUUGAAAAGCACUACUUUCACUGCCAAGUGCGAAGGCAAAGUGAAAGGCAAGUGUCCAACAAAGGGCACUGAAAUUUGCAACACCAAUGGCAAAUGUUGCCCAGAAGAUUGUCCGGACUAUGACCCGCAGGAUCUCACAAACAUCAAGAAGUGCGAGGAAUUGCUUGACCAUGUGAAGGACGAAGCCAAAGUCAAUAGUACUCUCAGGCAAUGCCAAGGAUAUUCUCUCCCACUCGGCAACAAAAGAUAUGCCUGCAUGCUAUUGAGCACCCAAAAAUUGCAAUGUGAGCCAACAAAUUUCACAGCUGAUGAAACCGUAAGCUGCACCGCUCCUGGGAAAGUGCAGAAUGAUCCCGACUUACAUUGGACUCGCUUCGAGUGUGAGCAGGCGCCUGGAAAGGCAUGGUGUGAAGUUAGACCGCCAUCCCCACUGGAGAAGUGCGAAGCACUGUGCCCCAAAACAUUGUCCAAAUGUGAAAAUUGCUACAACCCUAACAACACACCCUGCUUUGACAGCAAUGCCGGGGUCUGUGCAGGACUAAAAAAAAACAGGGACCAGAAGGUUGCAGAAAAGCAGGAUUCAUUCCAUGUUCAUUGAAAUGACUGCAAUGCAGCAACAGAUGUUGUGAUUUUUGUGCAACUGAGCUGCAAGUGCUUUGACUGAUUGUACUAGACUCGUGGGUGAUAUCGUCUUGGCAUGUCCUGGCAAUAUCUUGGCCGCAGUGAUUUUCAAAUUUUAAUUUCGUAGCUUCCAUGGAGACGGUAAGACACCGACCCAACUUUUGGCAGACUGCGGCAGACACCCUGGAGAAAAUGAUGCCGCUGAUGCUGCUCAGACCUGAAACGCAAGAGAACUUAG